UGAGACAGAACUGGGACGGAGAAGCGAGCGGGCGACCGACCGACCGACAGGGGAGAUAGGUGUAGACUUUUCUUUGAUUUGCUUUAACUUUUCUUUGAUUUGCUUUAACUUUACCAUUUCAUUUUAUCAUUUCAUUUUCAUUUGUAUAUUUUGUGCACACAUUUCCCUGUAUAUUUUACACAGAGAGGAGUAGCAACAGGGUUAGAGGCAAGGUUCAGAGUUAGUGUUGUGUGAGCGUUUUAAAGCAGUUUAGUUUAAACAGGAGGGGAUUUCACCUGAAGAGAUGGCCAGCAUCAUGAAUCUGUUCAGGCGUAUGAGGGACAUGGCAGUCCGCAAGAAGAAGAAGACCCUCAAAGUCCCCAAGAAGUCCAAGGGUGCUGUAGGCCCAGAUGGUUCAGAGACUGGCAAGGUUGUGGCAUCGCGUGCGCAACUGGAGAAGGAUGAGAUGUUCCUCUCUUGCGUGCUGGCCACUUGCUCGGAGGCCCGCCAGAGAGAAAAGGACAGGUUGAGGUACUCAAAAAGUUUGGCCGUCAAGGCAAUUGCGGAUCUCAUGGGACGGAUUGCGUGCUUUAUGCAGCCUGAAUUGGUCCUUGCUAUGGCACUGGAAGCCCUUUUCCAACUGAGCCUCAUGAAGCCCAAAUUACCACUGAAGCUCCACAGCCUGAUUGUGCAUGCAGCCUUUGCGGCUGUCAUUGAGGUGAAAACUGAGCCUGACAAGCAGGAGUUAGAAGAACGUUAUACUCUGAUGCUGGGAGGCCUGCUCUGGGAGGCCCCAAGUACUAAGAUCCUGAACUUGCUGAUGAAUGAACUGAGAGGCUACACAACAAGUGCAAUUGCGGCGGAGAGGCAACUGGCAGCCAGUGGCCUUAGCUCGCUGAUGUCCUAUGCAAGAGCGCUCCCUCGCCUGAAGCAUGUUCUCGUCCCUCUGGAGCUGGCUCACUUCUGCCCCAAAGAAGGUAACAUCCACAGCCUGGGGACGUGA